AUGGCUACUCCGUCAUACCCUGGUGUCCUACACCAAUAUGCACCCCGUCUCGUAGCCUUUGAAUUCAUCUCCCCCAACCAAACCACCCCCAAGCCCAACAGCCUGCUCUUCGUCGGCGGCCUAACCGACGGCCUCGGCACCGUCCCCUACGUGGCCGAGAUCGCCAAAGCCCUCGAACCCACCGACUGGUCGCUCUUCUCGCUCGUGCUCUCCUCAUCUUACCUCGGCUGGGGCAUCGGCAGUCUCGACCAAGACGUCGAGGAGAUCGCACAGUGCGUGGAGUUCGUGCGCGCCCACAAAGCCCGCACCACCUCGGGGAUCGCCUCGACCCCAAAGGUCGUGGUCAUGGGCCAUUCCACCGGCAGCCAGGAUGUGUUGCAUUACCUGUACUCCGCGAACCCGCUGCCACAGCGCUCCCCGGACCAAGAGGUCGGUCUGGACCUGAAGCAUCUAACCCGGCCGCCGCUGGACGGGGCGAUCAUGCAGGCACCCAUGUCGGACCGCGAGGCGGUGCAGCACCUGGGGCAGACGAGCGCGGAGCCGAACGAGUUCCGCGGCGCCUACGACCAGCUGGUGAACUUUGCGCGGCUGCAGGAGCCCACCGAGAUCUUGCCGCUGAAGUUGACCGGCAAGGUGGGCUUCCCUGGGGAUACGCCGUUGAAUGCGCGCCGGUUCCUGAGUCUCACGAGCCCUGAUAGUCCGGCGAACCCGGCGCUGGAUGAUCUCUUCAGCUCGGAUUUGACGGAUCAGCGCCUUGCGGAGACGUUUGGCGUGGUGCGGGAGAGGGGGCUGCUGGGGGCGAAGCUGAUGGCGUUGUAUUCGGGGAGUGAUGAGUAUGCGGCGCCGUGGGUGGAUAAGGAGGCGUUGAUGAAGCGGUGGGAGAAGGCGACGAAUACCGGAGGGGAGGAGAAGUGGGAUGAGAACAGUGCUGUGGUGAAGGGUGCCAGUCAUAAUGUCAAGGCUGACGGACAGGCGGAGCUGAUUGAGCGGGUUCUUCGCUACUUGGGCACGGUCUGA